AUGCCCAACCGCAGAGAAGCCCAAGAUCUUAAGCCGCCCCCAAGGCCGGGAAGUGGCGAGCCUGCUAAAUCAAGGGUCAGGAUAGGGAGAGCGUGCGAUCGCUGCAAGAUCAAGAAGAGCAAGUGCGACGGGAACACACCUUGCUCGGCCUGUAUAUCAAGUGAAAGCACGUGCGAGUAUAGUGCGCGGAGGCGGAGAGAGGCGAGAGACUGGUACUGGGGUAUGCAGGAUGUCAUCGACGAGGCGCUGCAGAGACUCUACUGGGCAUGUCGCGAAGGCCGCGGCUUCCCAGGAGUGAUUCCAGACGAGAGCGCCGGUCGAGUAUCCACCGAUGCCAUUCUUCGAGGGUUGGGGCUGAGUCCUCCCCCGGUAGACAACACUCGUCUGGCUGCCAGCAGGUCAGAUUCGAUCUUGGAAACACAAGAACAGCUGCACCGUCCACAAUUGUAUCGCCCCCCGGAUUUCCUGCCGCCGGAUUCCUCGCGCACCAAGGCCACUUCUUCUGGUAUGACUCCAUUGUCGACAACCAGCGAUGAGCGACUCACGUUUGGAGGAGAAGCGGCGACUGAUGGCACGAAUCGAAGAGGGCAACAAGUGUCAGCAAUGGAAGUAGAUGGGGAAGAGGAGGAGAUGUCUGAGGGCCUGCCGGACAGCCUUGCAGCCGGCUUCGGGGAACAAUUCCAGGGGAGUAUAGGUCGCAGCAUUGACCCAGCAAUGCUCCAAGAUGGACAUGUGGAUUUGACGGACGGCGAUUUAUACCCAAAUAUGAGUGUUAUGAAUUUUGCAGGAGGACAACCGGGGAUUCAGGGGCAACGUAUGCCCACGCAGGCUGCGGCUCCCCAAUUCCAAGUCGGCGGUCUACCGCAGGAGACCUACGGAGGUGCUGGCGAACAGCGAUGGCAGGGACAGGGACAGGGGCACCAGGUCGAUGGUCUGCUUCCUUGGCCGGGUAACAUGGUCUCAAUGUACGGGAGGACGGCGCCGGAUGAUGGCAGAGGCGGUUUCGAUGAUCAUGGUGACCGAGAACGAUGA